AUCCGCGACGUCGGCAAAAUGUCGGUGGAUUCCUCGUCCUCCUGCAGCUCCAGUAGCUCUGAUUCCAGCAAGGGAAAGGCACUGUGGUGGCAUGCCUGGCUACACAUCUUCGUUUCAGUCGUGGGGACUUCUGCAAUCGCGUCCUUACCUUUGGCCUUUGCCUAUUUGGGAUGGUGGAUCGGUCUCAUCGUCUGGGUUUACGCCACGUGGGCGUCGUACUACAGCGGGCGGCUUUUGAUUCAAUUGCAAGGUCCUCAUCAGGCUACCUAUGCACGCUUGGCAGAUGGCGUCAUGGGAGCUGGUUUCGCUUCCCGGUGGGUGAGGCCUUUUCAAUUCCUAGUGCUGUACCAGGUCGCUGUCAUCACAGCUCUGACAUUGGGUCAAGGUUUCUUCGCUCUCCAGCAGCUCUCUGGACAUGUGCCCAUCUCCCUUCCCUGGUGCACCACGCUGGGUGGCCUCGUGGUGGCCAUGGUCUCCCUGUGUCCCUCCAUCGCUGAUAUGUGGAGCCUGAGUCUGCUGGGUUUCCUGACAGCCCUCGCUUUCGCCGUGUGCGUGCUGUGGGCGUGCAGUGCCAUCGUGGCCUCGGGCAAUGCCGUGGGCUUGGGCGAGGACUUCCACGACGUCAGCUUGGGUCGGCCCACAGGCAUCGAAGGACCUGAUCGCAUCUUUGGUGUGCUGAAUAGCUUUGGGAUUUUGGCCUUCUCCUACGGCGGCCAUUCCGUGCUUCCCGACGUGCAGGCCACUUUGCAAGCCUCGAUGUCGGGCCACUGGGAUGCUCAGAGGGCAAUGCAGCGCGCAUUGAUUUGGGCCUACGCAACUGGCCGGGUCGUCGGGUCGUGGAGCGUUAAGUCUGAGGAGAGACGCCCCAGGGGUACUCUGGUGAUUGGAAAGGGAAAAAUGACAAAACUGGUGGUUUGGAACAUGACUUUUAUACUUUUAUGA